GCUCCUUCUUCUGAUCUAUCAUAGGAAGUCGAAUCAGCGCAGAAAUCAUGGCAACGUUGACUCUCAAUGGUCUAGAAGCUGCACUGAGCGCCCUGCAUCUAGAUGCUCUACCAGCCUUUGAGCAAACCAAGCCUCUUGACAAGCCUCUUGACAUAGCACGGUGCUACUUAGCCAGUAUACUCGAAAAUGUGGCAAACGUCGGAUCCGAUGUUGCAUACAACGCUAUCCAGUGGCCUAACAACGUGUACAAUGGCGACUUGGUCGUAAUCUUGCCUAAGCUCAGCCGAGGAGGCGACCCAGAAGAGUAUGCGUUGGAAAUCAUUCCAAAGUUUCCACGCUGCCCUCUCUUCAUUCUCCCUUUCGCAGAUGGGGUCCACUUACGUAUGCAAUUCGAUAUUCGUCCUCUAGCGCGUUUACUGCUCCCGUAUAUCCGCGAUCGAGGAGAGUCGUAUGGCUUUGAGUCACAGUCCGGAUCGGGGGACAUUGAAAAUGCCAUUUCCGGGAAGAGGAGAGUUGUGAUCGAGUUCUCUUCACCGAAUAUUGGUGAUAGGUUCCACGGGAAGCACCUUCGAAGCACUAUGCUUGGGUCGCACCUCGCACAGAUUCACCAUUCCAUGGGUUGGGAAGUCAGCGCAAUCAACUACCUCGGGGACUGGAGCAAGAAGACUGCCCUGGUUGGCGUGGGCUGGGAGGAUCUGGGGCUUGGAAGUGAAGAAAAGUUUACCGAAGAUCCCAUUGGGCACAUGCUCGAGAUAUAUAACGAAGUCGAGAGACAAUUUGCCCCUGAACAAAAGCAUGCUAAAGAAGUCAGGGACAAAAGCUUGAAAGGAGUUGACGAGUUCAAGGGUGAGGACACGGCCACUAUUGAGUCUCAGGGGCUAUUCGCCAAAAGAAACGACUUCUUCACACGCAUGGAAAGUGGUGAUCCGAAAGCUGUCGACCUCUGUGAAAAGUUCAGAGGAGUCAGCAUCGAACAGUACAAGGCGCUAUACAAUCGGCUCAACGUCGUCUUCGACGAGUACUCGGGAGAAUCACAGAUACACGUUGGCCCGAUGAAUGAAGUUGAAGACAUCCUGAGAGCCAAGAAUUUGCUGGAGGAGCAGGAGGGUAGCUGGAUGAUCAACAUGAAGAAGCAUGGGGAAAAGGGUGGUGCUGCCAUCAUUCGCGACCGCACCGGCAGCCACACUUACCUCUUGCGGGACAUCGCGUCCGCUAUCGAGAGGCAUAAAACGUUCCGCUUCGACAAGAUGCUAUAUGUCGUCGCUUCGGAUCACGAUCUGCACUUUCAGAGGCUGGUCAAGAUCUUGGAGAUGAUGGGCAUGGGCGAUCUCGCGGCCAAAAUACAGCAUGUGCACUUCAGUAAGAACUCUCACGUUCCAGAUGAUAUUGAUCGAGGCGAUGUUCUGGAGGGAAUAUUGCUUCAUAGCAAAACAGAAACCGAGAAAGUGCUCGCGGACGAACUCGACAAGUUGUCUCUCCUGGAGAAAGCAGGGCACAACAUGGAUUCUUUAUGUGCAGCCAGCCUCCAGAUUGACGGUCUCAGCGCGAAGAGGGCCACUGACCACACAUUCAAUCUUGGAAAGAACCCAUCCGGGCCUGAGUUUCUGUUCACCCUUGCCAGGAUCAAGGGCCUGGUUGAGGGGCGAAGUGUCCCGGAUGUGUCAGCUCUCUCGGAUGACGACCUGGCUUCGAUCGACGACGAGACAUUUGCAGACCUACUACGGCUUCUGGCGCAAUUUCCCGAUGUCGUUGCAGCAACCUAUAAAUCCUUUGAGCCUUCACUUGUCGUGUCCUUCCUGGCGUCUGUGUCCAGUCAGGUUUCGGAGGCUCUGGAUGACCUUGGAGAUGGAAACGACGUUCUCGGAUCACGCGCCGCUGUAGUUGAUGCGGCGCGCCAGGUUCUAGAGAAUGGUCUGAAGUUACUCGGGAUCGUCGCUUGAGAGAUUUGGGACGCUGAUAUCUGGUGGAGUGCUGAGGUUGAGGCAGUCAAUUUUGCUCACGGGUCGGCCGGGAACUGGUAUGGGGGUACAUAUGACUAGCGGUUCUAAUGGAACGCCCCUGACACGCGAACUUUCAAGGUUGUUCCAUGACCUAAUAUUGGAGACUUUGUAUCCUGUAGCGGAUAAAGAAAGUAACUUAGAUGCUUGCAAACUUUCGAA